AGGCAGGUUGACAAAUCGCGUGCCUAUUGGUCUGGAGAUACUGUUAUAAGAUGGCGCCCAGCUAAAUAUAUGUGGUAAAGAAAAAGAAAAAAACUAACUAGCAAUAGCAAGAAAACUUAAAAAGGAAAAAGCCAAAGAGGCACAAAAGUAAAAUUUAGCUUCCGUGUGCUUAGGAAAAGUGGCGCUGCGUCGUGGGUACAGAAGUGAGUGACCUGAGACUCGCCACGGUUGAGGAAGAGAGCUUCUCCUUUAUAAAAGUGGAUCCUGUGGGCAACAAUGAAUAAUUCCCUGGAUAGUACAGGCACUUAUGAGGAGCUUGUGCGACAGAAAGCUCGGAGCAUCCCCCAGCAUCGAAUGAAAGAGUUUCUGGAGUCUUUGGCCAGUAAGGGUCCAGAUGCAUUGCAGGAGUUCAGCCAGCAAAGUGGAGAUGUUACAACAACCACUACGACAAUGGUGUAUCAGCAAGAGGCUAAUUGCAUCUAUACAGACAGCACUGAAGUGGCGGGGUCACUUCUGGAACUGGCCUGCCCUGUUCAGGUGCACGUUCAGCCUCAGCAGCAACCGAUUCAGGAGUCAACAACUCAGCCGCAAACCGUUCAGCAGAAUACAGAGCAACAGAUUGUACAGGUGCAGAUUCAAGGACAGCAGGCUGGUCAGAUGCUGGGUCAAGUCCUCCAAGUGCCCUCUGGUUCCCAUCAGCAGCUUCAAGGCGUGACGACAGCUCAGCUCAUUCAGCCAGGAGAUCUAACUGAGGAGCAGCACCAACAGCUCCAGGCACAGUUGGUGGCAGCUGUUGCAGGGGGACAACAGAUCCAGAUUCAAACAGUGGGGGCCCUCUCUCCCACUCAGCAACAGGACAAUACAGAGAGGAGGGCUCUUGGCACCGCUGGUGCCACAUCCCAAGGGGCGGGCGUCCUUCAGCCAGCUAAGAAACGCAAGGUGGACAUGCCCAUCACCGUCUCUUAUGCCCUGCCCGGUCAGCAGGUGGCGACGGUUCUAGCAAUUCCCCAAGGACAGGGUCAGCAGCAGAGUUAUGUCUCCCUGCGGCCAGACCUCUUAACAGUGGACAGCUCCCAUCUUUACAGUGCUACUGGCACUAUUACCAGUCCCACAGGGGAGACUUGGACGAUUCCCGUCUAUUCUGCUCCUUCUGGGGCCGGAGGUCGGGAACAGGUCACACACAUUGCCAUCCCCCAGGAAGCCUAUGGAACUGUGCAGGUUGCAGGGACAAAUACGACCACCAUGACAACAAUGCCAACACAAGUCACGGUCGAGAAUGACAAGUUGAAAAGCUCUUCCAGUCAAAGUCAGACCGCUCAGGCCGUCUCCAGCAUUACCAGCGCUGGAGGAAUGGGAGGCCACGAAGAAGUGGUGCAUACGUUGGCUGCAAACACGCUUUUCCCUGCCCAGCUAAUGAAUGGAAAUAUCCACAUCCCGGUUGCGGUGCAGGGCUACUCCAAUGCUACGCAGUCCCUCAUUUGGGAUCCACAGCAGCAGGUGUUGCACACACAGGGACUAUCUGUGCAGGAUGGGACAGGACAGCAGCUACAGGGUCAGACAGUGAUAGCAGAGGUCGAUGGCCAAGGCCCGCAGCAAGUUCAAGUUCAGGAGCUUUUGCUCCCUGCCACACUCAAACCAGAAGAGGGACUGGAUCUUUGGCGUGCCUGGGCUCAACGGAAAAACGCAGAAUUGGACAAAUCGGAUAAAAAUAAAAAUAAACUAGCUCCAAUUGGCCGACGCCAAGCACUGCGCUUCCAGGAGGACUUGGUGUCGUGUGCUGUAGCUGAGCUCUGCAUGGGACUCUCAUUAAUGACCACAGAGGCCCGGGGGCUUGAAGGAGAGCCUUAUGACGCUGAUGUUCUUUACUAUGUAUUUCUGUGUAUACAAAAAUAUUUGUUUGAUAAUAGUCGUGUGGAUGACAUCUUCUCAGACCAAUAUUACACUCGCUUUGCUCAAAGUUUACACCUGGUUCUCCAACCCUGGAUGCCAACAGUUCACCCACUCGGUUAUAUCAUUCCCAGUCACGUGACCGAGGAGAUGUUGUGGGAAUGUAAACAGCUGGGGGCUCAUUCGCCCUCAACGCUGCUGACAACUUUGAUGUUCUUCAACACUAAAUAUUUUCAUCUGAAGUCAGUCGACCAGCAUCUGAAGGUUGCUUUUUCUAAAGUGUUAAGACACACCAGAAAGAGUCUAAACAAUCCCAAAGACAAGAACACCAGCAUCCGAUAUCUGAAGUCAACAGAACGGUUCACAGGACAGAAAGUUUCCGAUGACAUGUACUCAGAGCAGUUGGAAGACUCAGAAAAUCCUCUGCGAUGUCCCAUCAAGCUGUAUGAUUUCUACCUCUUCAAAUGUCCGCAGAGUGCCAAAGGACGUAACGACACCUUCUACCUGACUCCGGAGCCUGUCGUGGCUCCAAACAGCCCCAUCUGGUACUCAACUCAGCCAAUCCCUAAAGAGCAGUUGGAGCAGAUGCUGGCCCGAAUUCUUGUUGUCCGUGAAAUCCAUGAAGCCAUUCACAUGUCGGACAGCGUACAAUAAGUGGCCCCGGAGAACAAAGCACCAUGAACCUUGACUCCUCAUUGUCUUCAAUCACUAGUAGUUUUCUAUUCAAACCCUCUCGUGGGCUCUAAGGGCAGCAUGUUCAAGUUCCUGUUCCUGUUAUGGCUCUAUAUACACUAUCUUGUCCGUGUGCAAUGUACAUACCACACACGAUCAAGACUCACAGGAGUUCCUCACCUUUUUUUUUUUUUUUUUUACUUAGCCAAAGGAUGAUUGUACUUGAUCUGCUCAUUAUUAAUUUAAAUAUUUUUAACCAUUGUUAUUUUUAACCAUUACUCUGCGUUAGUUAUUUAUAUGCUUUCUGGAAACAAAACUGUAAUAUAUUUCCUAUAUUCUUUGGCGAUGUUUUGCUUUUUGCGCCUUGCCUUUUAUUAUCUACGUCGCUCGCAGUUGACACAAGAUGGCGCAGUAGUUUUAAACGGUGUGACAUCCCUGCUUCUUGACUCGUAUGUUUGUCUUUCUUGAGUCGAGUUCAUACAACGACUUGAAACUCCGAGGGAUGCUGCUUGUGCUACAGCAAUGGAUCAUUGGAAUAGAACCAUCUCCAUCUUGACUGCAGCUUCAAGGACUUGUAGUGAUGACCAGUGAUGUGGUCAUCAAUGGGAUGCUGCUUUCUCUCCUCCAAUCACAGAGCCCGAAAUUAUUCAGAAGAUUCAUUUACAAAAUGAGUUUAUUAAGGAAAAGAGGACCGAUGAAGGUGAUAAAGCCCUUAAUGUUCUAUAAUGUAAAAUAUAUAUCUGUCCUGGUGUCCAAGGAGACUGGUAGUGCCUGUGUUUUUUUUUUUUUUUUUUUUUAAAUAACCUUUUCUUUGUACAGCCGCUAUACAAAGUGUUUGCCUUUCUAGUGAGUCCAGUAUGAGUUGUCCACAUGCAUCCAUAACUACUGGUAGCCGACAUUGUGUACGAAUAAAAAGAUGCACAGUGACAACCCCUUUCCCCGAACAAAUCUCAAUAAAAGUGACGGUAUAAAACAUUUACACAAAUAACCAUUUGGAAAA